AUGGAUGAUCCAAAAACAUGCAUGUCUUCAGUCAUUGGGAUUGAUUCGUUGGGGUCUAUGGCUGAACCGAACGAGAACGGAAAUAACAGUUCUGAUCUGCGAGUCACAAGCUCUUCACCAUCCAUAAAUUUACAUCGGCACGUAUCUGUGGAAAUGGCCACCAAAGAUGAUAACACGCAGCAAUUAGGACAAAGUCGGAUACAAGCCUCCAACGUGCCUCUGCGAAGCAUUUUGAAGCCACGUGCAGCCACUGCUCGGAAUAGUCCGGAACGCUUGCCUGGGUUCUAUGAAAACUUCUCGGAACUAACAGCCUUGCGUACUAGAGACAGUAUUGAGUUGGCACCGGUUCAUCUCCGGAUGACUAACAUUCGAGAUUCGCUUUCAACCCAACGUGACCCGAGUCCGGAUACGUUGGANCGUCCCGUAAAACUGUGCGAUUUGCCGACCAAAUGGGUAAACGCUUGUUGCGCAGAUCCACCUCGAUUGGGAAUUCGGUUUGCAAUGAGUAUACUCCAAUUGGAAUUAAUAAACCACUCACGCGAUCUUUGA